AUGAAUAAUAUCGCAAGAAAGUUAUUAAGGGAAUGGAAAUAUCUUAUACGUCACUCUCCUGAGUCUCAAAAACUUUUCUUUUUGAAACCACAAGAUUCAGAUAUCCACCUGUGGCAUCUGGUGCUUUCUCACCCACAAACAGGUAUGGAAAUAUAUCUUGUGUUAUAUAUCAAUAUAGAUGAACUUCGAGACAUUAAGAGAAAUAAUUUUAAUAGUCAUGGCCAUGCUUUUAAUAACAAUGGUGUUAAUUCCAAUAGCAUUAUCAUGAGAUGUAUUACACCAAAUUUGAUAUGUCCUAUAAAUAAGAAUAUCUCAGUAACUCAUUUACGAGUCCUGUUAAAGGAAAAUGGAUUCAAUGGAUUAAUUCACUUUUUAUGGUCAAAAUUUUUCGAUCCCAUUAAUGACACUAGGUUUUGUACAAACAAUAAUAUUCAGAAACUGUGCAAAUUGGGCUACAUUUGGAAUAGGACAAUGUCAAGAAGCUUUAGAAGUUUGUUUCCUGAAAUUAUUGGAACCUUACAACAGGGUGAUUACCUAUUUGUAAAGGAAUACUCUAAACGAUUAAGAAUGGAUAUCAAUAAUGAUAUUUUUGGGACCUGCAAUGUAUCAACUGAUUAUAACAAUGAUAUAAACACUUCUACCAUGAAUACCUCCAUUGAAAUUCCAUGUUUAAGUACCAAUCCCUCUGAUAUUCUAGCUUGUGACUCUACCCCCUCACAGCCAUUAUUUUCUAAUAACUUUGGCCAAAAGAGACUACAGCAUGAUGAUUCAACCAACACUUUUAAUAAAAAUAAGCGUUCAAGAAACUCUUGA